AUGGCUAACUAUCUCCGAAUUGUUGCUCUCAAACUUGUUACAACGCUGACGACUCUUCAUGAACCCCGCCUGCUUAGUUUCAGGGGGUGGGGAAAGAACCUCCUCGAUGAUAAAUCGCGUUUGAUCACAUACUUUAACGAUGAUGCUCAGGAUGUCGUCGACCGUAUUACGCCUCUAUUAAUCACUGUCCUCCGUGGCGAUUGCGACGAUACGCGCAUCUGGAAUCAAGUCUAUCGCGCUGUCACCGAAGAGACACCUCCGCCGCCUCUCCCAGUCCCGAUCUUGCCCUGCUUUCAACAAAAGCCAUGGAGCCGCAACACCAGCAGCUUCAAAAAUUCUUCCGAGUAUCUCAGAGAUGUGAAUAGAGUCCUUCGAGAAGAACUAGGCACUAUAUACGUCGGUCUCCCUCGAUUCCACGGGGUUUUCUUUGGUGAUGUGGCCGGCCUUGGGGCCGCGUCGGAGGCCGUCUUCGACAAGUGUCAGGAGGGUGAUAGCCUCCUCUUUGGCCCUCGAUAUGGAUAG